AUGGCGGCUGUGACCGGCACUCCCGCCAUGGACCUGGCCACCCAGAUCCUCCAUGCCGUCGACGAGAAAUCGCCGCUCCUUUCGUCGGAAGCCUUCCCCACGACGCCGUCCACAGAGGUCAAGGGUGCUCUCGACAGACUUGCCUCUCGCGGCAUGGUCAAGUACGAGACCAUCGACCGAGAAGAAGCCCUGUUGGAACCCGAGGGUGAGCAGAUUGCGGCCAAUGGCAGCCACGAGGCCCGCGUCUUUGAGGCCUUGCAGACUGCCGUGAAGGGGAUGACUAUCCAGCAGCUCGAAGCGACCAUCGGGGACAAGAACGUGGUCAAGAUUGGUCAGGGACGAGCGUUCAGGGAGAAGUGGAUAUCUAAGACGGCUGAUGGCAAGUUCAAGGCUGCUAAAGAUUCUAUUCGGGACACGACCAGAGAACAGAUGCAGACCAUCCAGUCGACACGGAUCUUCUCCGAUGCCAAGGUGCUGGCCGACUUGAAGAAGCGCAAGCUGGUCAAGACGCAGAAAAUCAUCAGCUUCAGGGUCGAGAAGGGCGAGAAGUUCGCCCUGAAAAUCCCCGAGGUCGCUACCGAUCUGACCGCCGACAUGAUUGCCAGCGGCUCAUGGAAAACUGCCACAUUCAAGGGAUACAACUUCAAGGCUCUGGGCGCCGACCAGCAUUCCGGUGCUCUGCACCCGCUGAACAAGGUUCGGUCCGAAUUGAGGCAAAUAUUCUUUGAGAUGGGGUUUCAAGAGAUGGCUACAGAUAAGUUUGUCGAGUCUGGUUUCUGGAAUUUCGAUACUCUUUUCGUACCACAACAGCAUCCUGCGCGAGAUAUGCAGGACACGUUCUACGUAUCUGAUCCCAAGGCGGCCGAUUUGCCCCGUGCCGAAGACCCCAGCGACAAGAGCGAUUACGAAACCUACUGGAACAACGUCAAGGAUGUUCAUCAGGUAGUAACCCUUGCGCCUCAACGAACCAGCUCACGGCACGCCUUGCUAAACUUCGCCACGCAGCAAGGAAAAUAUGGCUCGAUAGGCUACCGAUACCCGUGGUCCGGAGAGGAGUCGCGCAAACUCGUCCUUCGAACCCACACCACGGCCAUCAGUGCCAACAUGCUGCACAAACUGGCGCAGCAAAAGGGCCCUGAUGGCCGUCCGCCCCCAGCACGUUAUUUCUCCAUCGAUCGUGUUUUCCGUAACGAGACGGUAGACGCAACCCACCUGGCUGAAUUCCACCAGGUCGAAGGUGUAAUUGCGGAUUACGACUUGACAUUGGGUGGUCUCAUGGAGUUUAUGGAUAUUUUCUUUGGCAAGAUGGGCAUUACUGACCUCAAGUACAAAUGUGCUUACAACCCUUACACUGAGCCAAGCAUGGAAAUCUUUUCUUACCACAAGGGGCUUGGGAAGCUCGUUGAAAUCGGCAACAGCGGCAUGUUCCGCGCCGAAAUGUUGGAAUCCAUGGGCUUGCCUAAGGACAUGCGAGUCUUUGGCUGGGGUCUGUCUCUCGAGCGACCCACCAUGAUCAAGUAUGGCAUCUCCAACAUCCGAGAGCUACUAGGCCACAAGGUCGACCUAAACUUUAUGCGCAACAGCCCUGCGGUGCGUCUGGACCAGAAAUAG